GGAGCGAACGUUCAGUGACAUAUAGGCGGCUCGUUCCGAAUUAAUCGAUUCAAAUAUCGUUUAUAACGUAAACAUGAUCGAGAACAAUGUGCCCGCUUUCGCUGAACUCAGUGAAUUUGCAAGUUUAACCGCCGGUGGUUCGGUGAUCUUCGCGACUGACGAUUUCUUCGCCCCGUGCGAGAACAUGCUCCAUGACACUGAACCAGUUUUCAUAGCUGACAAGUACACUGAAUUUGGAAAGUGGAUGGAUGGUUGGGAGACAAGGCGUAAAAGAAUACCGGGCCAUGAUUGGUGCAUUCUGAAACUUGCAACGAAGUGUGUAAUUCGAGGUCUACUGGUCGACACAGCUUAUUUCACCGGAAAUUACGCACCGAAAUAUUCCAUACAAGCUGCGUGUUUGACGCCCGAAGAAGAAGCAUUAUUGCCGGGAAGGGACACGCAAAUGGGGGCAGCGUGCAGUGAAUGUGACUUGAAACGGGUGGAACAGCUUAAGUCUGAUAAAUGGGAGGAAAUCGUACCCAUAACGGCUCUACGACCCGGCUAUGAAGAGUCCAGAAUGAACUAUCAAAAGGUACUGUGUGAUGAAGCAUGGACAUAUAUAAGAGUGAAUAUAUACCCUGAUGGGGGUAUCGCUAGACUGAGGGUUUACGGUGAAGCGAAGCCAGAAGCGCCCCCUAGUAAUCAACUGGUCGAUCUGGCUUCAAUGCUAUCCGGAACUACUUGCUUAGGUUAUUCCAAUGCACACUAUGGUCAUCCUAGAAAUAUUAUAAAACCCAGUAAAGGAGACACGAUGGCUGAUGGCUGGGAGACAGCCAGGCGUCUAGACAGACCGGAGGUUCUUGAAGCCACGGAUGACGGCACAUUGAUAGUAACAGGGGAAGAAUGGGCUGUUUUCAAAUUAGGUUUCUGUGGAAGAAUAAAAAAUAUUUGUGUCGAUACAGCACAUUUCAAAGGCAACUUCCCUGAUUCCAUAAAAGUGGAAGGGGCGUUAAUAGAUAAAGAAUGGUCACAAACGAAAUCGACCAACUGGUACAAUAUUUUAAAACCAAGCAAGCUUUCAGCGAACAAGGAACAUUGGUUCUCGUGUAAUUCGGAUGCUAUCUCGCAUAUCAGAGUUACAAUGGCGCCUGAUGGUGGAAUUAGCAGGAUAAGAACAUUUGGCCACGUUGAACCGACCAUUCUUUGAUUUUUGCUAAGCUUUUUUUUAAAUCUGAAAAUAUCGCACUGAUAGGAUUACUGAAAUGAUGGAAAUUUACACGCAGCAAUUUCAUUGCGCAAACUGGUUCGCACGGUCAAGCUAAAAAUGCAUAUCGCUGAUAUUAAACUGUUAACGCCAAGCUUCUACAAUAAUAAUUGACAAGCUUCCUUUACAACAAACUACAUCAUUUGCCAAACUAGUAAUUAUUUAUAGUUUGGUUGCGCAAACUAUGCAACAUUUAAAAAAACAUUUUUAUUAUUAAACUAAAACAUUUUUUUAUUAUUCGAACGUUAAGUACUUAACAAAUGAAUUAUUAUGUUCUUGGCGAUUAAGUAAUUAUAAUUAUUAAAAAAUGUAGUUAAUUGUGAUAUUAUUUAUGUAAGAUUUUAAGUAUUUUUUACGGUGGAAUG